AUGCUAAAUAAUAUUAUAUUUUGUUUGUCUGUUCACAGCCUGUCUCGAGCCCAACACCGAGGGUUCGCAGAUAACGCCGAAGACGCGGUGCAGGCUGUACCGUUUUACGGUAGCGGCAAGGGCAAGUUCCUGGUGAUCCACCCUUCGGGCAAGACCACAGUGGAGGAUCACAAGCCACCACAAGCGGCGGACGGACACAUGGAAGAUGAGGACGACGUGGGCCAACAGGAGGAAGAGUCGGAUUCGUCGUCCAACGAGCCGCCCAACGAGUCAGUGAGCGUCAACCUGCCUCCGGACAACGCGUCGGUGGCCGAGGCCAAGCCCGUGGGCCUGGCUAUCGCGGGCACCGGUGGCGUGGCGUCCUCCAAGCCCGUGGCCACGGCCGUGGUGGGACCCGGUGGCCUGGCGCUGGCCAAACCGGUGGCCACGGCCAUAGCCGGCAUACCCGGCGCCGAAGCGCUGGUCGGCGUGGCCAGCAAUGGCGGCAAGCACAGGCAGAAGGCCGCGGUCGCCGCCGCCGCUGCCUCCGCCACCAGCACACCGCAACCGAUCAAGACGGCCGUCAAGCCGGGCGUCAAGAGCAGGAGGUCGGCGGCCGGGCCGCGGGGACCUGAGGUCAGCAGCAGCACCGCCGUCGACGCCACUGCGCAGGUGUGGCCCACGUACCCGCUGUACAAGAUACCCGAGUCGCACGCUUGGGGGUUCAUACUCCGACCAGUGUACGGAGCCGACCAAUACGUUAACUGA